GCCCCGGCCGCGGCCUCACCUCAGUGUGAGCGCGGGAGGGCUUUGGGUAGUGCUGCCGCGUCCUGCGGGCGGUACCGCGGCUGGAGCCGCUUGCGGCGGCCGGGCGUUGGCACGGAAGGAUCUUGCCGUGGGCAGUGCUGCUGAGAGGAGCCAGCUCGCUGUCUGCAUGCCCGGCCGGUUUUGUUUCCGUCCUGUGCAGGCAGCUCCGCGCUGUUGGUAAACGUAACCCACUGGCCGAUGAGGAUUUCUCUCUGAGCAAGGAAAAACAUGACCACAAUGAAGCGUGAAGCAUUUUUAGAAAUCGUAUCUAAGGAUUCAGUUGAAGACUUCUUGCGUUAUACUCAGCAACCUAAAAAAACAUUUGAUUGUUUUGACUUGAAUGAACUACUUGAAGAAUUGCCGAGGAAGCAAAAAGAAGUACUAUGGGAGAAACUGAUGCAGCUAUUGACAGAGUGUUUGAUGGAGAACCCUGUGGAAACAUGGCAGAGGAUCAAAGAUGAUGAAAAUGAUAACAUGGAAGUUGAGAUAGUUCCAGAAACGAAACAAACUGUAGCUGUAAUCCAAGGAGUAACAGCUGUAGUUUCUGCUUCCAUACGUGCAGUGGAUGAAACUGUAAACUACAAAGUUCUUGCAGAGUGUGUUUUUGUAUUAAAAGGUAUUCUACUUGUGUUACCUGAACCUGAAAAAAAACUACAGGGUGCUAUUCAGCAUGUAUGUGAAUUGUGGUGUGAGAAAGGCCUAGAAGGAAAGGAGGAGUUAGGGAAGACCCUAUUUAUCAUUCUGCUAAGAAAAAGCCUGAAUACAGCUGCUACGGGUGCAGAUAUAGUUCGUGUGUGGAAUCUGCAUCAGACAUUACUUAGUUUUGAUUAUGAUUCAGAGGAGGUUAAUGAAGUCAAGGACUUGUUGCUUCAGUGUUUUAUGAGUGUAAAAUACAUUAGGAAAGAAGAGGGAAGAAGGUUCUUGAGCUUUUUGUUCAGCUGGAAUGUAAACUUCAUUAAAAUGAUACAUGGAACUGUUAAAAACCAAUUGCAAUUCUUUCCAAGAUUAUUAAUGGAAUACAUUUCGGAAGUUUACUUCAGGGCUUGGAAGAAGGUGUCAGGAGAAUUUGUAGAGAUACUUGAACAUAACUGCAUUCAGGAUUUUAUGCAUCAUGGAAUUCAUCUUCCCAAAAGUUCCCCUGUUCAUUCUAAAGUUAGAGAGAUGCUGAGUUAUUUUCAUAAACAAAGUAAAGUUUGUCAAGGAGUUGAAGGAAUGCUCUACAGAUUGUAUCAGCCUAUCCUUUGGAGAGCACUGAAGGCCAGAAACUCAGAAGUUCGAUCAAAUGCAGCAUUUUUAUUUGUUGAUGCUUUUCCUGUUCAUGAUCCCAGUUUUAACACUGAAGAGAUGAACAAUGAAAUUCAGAAACAGUUUGAAGAACUUUUUAGUCUCUUAGAAGAUCCUCAUCCAGUUGUCCGCUCUACAGGGAUACUCGGAGUUAGUCAGAUAACAUCUAAAUACUGGGAGAUGAUUCCUCCAGCAGUUCUUGCUGAUCUCUUGAAUAAGCUGAUUGGAGAGCUGGCAUGUGAUACAGCAUCCGCAGAUGUUCGAUGCUCUGUUUUUAAAUGCCUGCCGGUAAUUUUGGACAACAAACUAAGUCAUCCAUUACUGGAACAGCUGCUACCAACAGUCAGACACAGCCUUCAUGACAAUUCAGAGAAAGUGCGAGUGGCUUUUGUUGAUAUGCUGCUGAAAGUUAAGACUGUCAAGGCAGCCAAGUUCUGGAAAAUCUGUCCUAUGGAGCAUCUUCUGACUCGUCUUGAAGUUGAUUCACGGCCUGUGUCACGACGCAUAGCGAAUCUCUUACUCAACUCUUUCUUUCCCAUCAACCAACCUGAGAAUGUGUGGUGUGAGCGCUGUGUUACUCUCAUCCAGAUGAAUUCAGCAGCAGCUAGAAAGUUCUAUCAAUAUGCCUAUGAAUAUACCGCCCCCACCAAUAUAGCUAAAUUGAUGCUUACUAUUCGGCGCUGCUUGAAUGCCUGCAUCCAGAAAGCAGUGAAAGAGCAUCUUCAUGGUAGUGAUGAUGAUGAUGGUGGUGAAGAUGAAAGUGAAAAGGAAAAUACAAGUGUGUUCAAUAAUGUGUUGUCAAUCGAUGAUGUGGCCAGCAUGGCAAGUUUAUUGGAGGUUACUGUAAUUCUUUGGAGAAGUAUCCACAAAGCACUAGAUCAGAAUGAAGAUGCCAAAGAUUAUGCUAUCAGAAAAUUUGCUGCUGUACUUCCUGAAUAUUUUAAAGUAUUUAAGGAUGAGCGUUGCACGACUCCACUGGUUAUUCUGGCAUCCUUUAUGCCUCCUGCUGCUAUUCCAACAUUCAGUUGUGGUGUGAUCUCCAGGCUCAGAAAUAUUGACAAUGAAGCUGAUGAAAGCAAAUAUUCUACCCUGAUAGACUGCAUGUGUCGCUGGGGUCAAGUGGGGCAUAUUAUGGAAUUAGUCUGUGAUUGGCUCUCGGACACGCUAACCCAAAGAAAGUCUGCUAAAACAUCUGAACGACGAGUACGUAUCCAUGUAACACAUGAAUCGAAGCCAGAAUUAGCAAUUAAUUACAUUGAAUAUUUAUUGACUCAUCCUGCUAAUCGUGAUUGCCUACUCUCUGUUCCUGAAAAGAAACUGAAGAAGCUUUUGAAAAUUCUCAGUGCUGCAAAGGAGGUUCUUGGCUCAAUUCUGAAAGCAACUGAUGCACAUUCUGGGAGCUACAAUCAAGCAACUGCCCUAAGAGCCUUCAGCCUCUAUUGCAGGUUGAAUAUUCAUCUUCAGAACAAGUUUUCUGAAAAUGGAAAAGAUUACUUAUCACUUCUGAAGGAGACAGGUGCUUGGAUAGAAAGUAAAAUUCUACCUUUUAUACUAGCAAGUGAUCAAGAGGAUGACAUUUCAAAACGCAGUAAUGUUCCUGAAUUAAUUAUCCAGGCCUACCUGACAGUGUGCAAAGAUGUCAUAAUGGUCGGCCUUGGAAAUCUCGCAUUUCAGGCACACCUUUUAGAUAUGGCUCUUCAAGUUAUACAAACAGGGAGAGGUGGCUUUUGUGCUCCAGUGGUAUUCUACGCUCUAAAAGAAAUGAUUGAAGCUUCUGUAACUCAGAAUACUGACACAGAUGAAAUGACAAAUCUUUUCAAUGCUGUACAAACUGUCUUCCAGAAAGUUUUAGAACUUGUGGCAUGUAGACUUAAGAAACAGCAUGAAGAAGGGAUUCAGUUGAUUCACUCUAUUGAAAUGCCUCUUGGAGAAUUCAUACAUGCAGUCCAGUGCUGGCAUGCAUCUUGCCCAGUGGUUCACCAAGGUGUAUUGUCUACUCUCCUGGCUGCGAUAGUAGCAGAGAUAAAUCAUGUGCUACAGGAGGCUUCCAGUGAAAAAGACUUAACUAUACCAAAGACUAUUUCAGACCUUCCUCCUCUUUCAAGCAGUUUAUUAACCAUAAUUAUGAAGUCAGUUAAUGUUGUCAGGUCAUUUUUAAAUGAAUUAAUGGAAUGCAUUCUCUCUGAAGAAAUUGAAGGGAUUUUUAGUCUAACAGCUACUGUUUGCAUUGUGAUCAUAAUUAAAGGUAAGCACAAAAAGUCACUUCUAAAGGAUAUUGCACCUGCCAUUCAAAGGAAACUGGUAACACACAAGGAUGCUGCCACAGAAGAAUAUAGCUGCCGUGAAAGAAUCCUGUGUGAAUCAUCUCUGAAAGUUUUGGAUGAAUUUCUGAAUCCUUGACUAUGCGGAAACCUUUGUCAUGAAAAUCAGGGGAUGGAAGAUGCAUUGUUUUAAAAAAAAAUGUUGUAAAGUUAUUAAUAGUUAAAGUUUGUUUUCUGGUAUUCUGUACAUUCAAACCAGGAAAUGUGUAAAAUUGUCUGUAGAAAUCAUGUAAUAGUAAAGAUUUUUCGAACGGCUGUAAAGACCAUAUUUUGUAUAAAAAUGCCUUAAGGGGGGCAUGUAAAACCAGUAUCUCUGUUUUUAUAAAACAAAUAAUAAUUGUACCUUACAAAAUCAUGUAUAUUUUGAGUUUGAGGCCGCAGGUGACCUUAGUCCCUGGAAAGACUACAGAACAUAUUCCUAGAGGUUAUGGAAAUGAAUUUCAUUUUGGGACAUGUGAAAGACAAAGUGGUGCUUGAGAACAUCACCAGGGGCCAACUCUGCUGAACCAACUCGACUUCCCUCCCUUGUGUGGAAGAAGAGAGAGCAGAGAAUGUCCGUUUUCCUAUCCUUAGCAAUGACUUUCAUGCAGGUUUAUCUAGUAUCCUUACAGCCAAGUGGGAGGGAGGUGGGUGGGAAACUGGCUGGACUGUCAGACUUGAUAAAUAAUGAUGCUACAACAUCUGAUUGUCAACUGGUUGCUAGUGCCAUUCCUCAUGCAGAUACUGUUGCCAAUAUUAUUUAACAGUUUUAUGAAAAGUUUGAGGCAUGGGAUGAAAUACAACUAUGGCCUGUUGACAGAGGACACCAACUUGGGAGUAAUGGUUAACUCUGUGUGGGAUCCCAUUCCAUGAGAUGCUGACAAGCUGGACUUAAGGAUCAACAAAUCUCAUAAUGUUCAACAAAGACACAUACUCUUCUUUCCUCAGUGGAUUAAUGCCAUACACCAGCCCAGCCAAGUGCAGAGGAGUGAUCUUACUGCUGUCUUUACCUGCCUGGAUGAGGACUAAGGAAAUACUUUUCUCAGAGGUACAGAUGUAGAGAAUACGAGGCAACAGAAACAACUUGCAGCAAGAGAAAUUCUUGCUGGAUGUGAGAAAAAAAAAUAAUUGUUACGGGACUAAAUUGAAACUGGCAAUGGAAGAACAAGUUGCUCAGAAAAGCAGUGGGGCACCCAUCCUUGCAGACAUGCGUAUCUUGGCUAACCUAAGGCCCUUACCAUUGUGGUAUAAUUUUAAAGUUAGCACUGCCUGAGCUGGGGAUUGGGUCAGAUAUUCUCCUGAGCUUCCUUCCAACUGGAAUAUUCAUGUGAUUCAGUGACAAGUAUAGUGGAGGGGAAAUGCCCUAGCUAUUAAAUGUUUACUUGAUUAAUGCAGAAGUUAAAUUGCUUUGUAUUUAGCUGUUUUUAUAAAUUAAUACUAAUGAUGCAGAUAAUGCGGACAUGCAAGCCACUUAUUUCAUUUUCUCAAUGCUACCAGAUGCUCUCCUAAAACUAGUAAUAGAAUGCUGAUGGCAGAAUGUUAUUCUGUCUUAACUGAGAUAUCUGCAAAUUAGAUGUCUAAGCUCAUGGUACAGUUUAAUCCCUGCUGGAAGCUAAGCACCACACACCCAGUUGCUCAUGCUCCCCACCCCUGGUGGGAUGAGGGAAGAAUUGGAAAGGUAGAGUGUGAGGAAAAAGAACUCAUGGGUUGAGAUAAAAAACAGUUUUAUUGCUUUUCAA